AUGGCUGACGAAGAAAUUAAUGGAGACACUGAUGAUAUUCAGCAUGACAAAGAUAAAACACAGAAAAAGACUGCUAAACAUGAUAGUGGUGUAGCUGAUUUGGAAAAAGUAACAGAUUAUGCAGAAGAAAAAGAAAUAUCUUCUCAGGAUAUAUCUGGAGCCCUCUCACUGAUUGGUGACAGAAGGAAUAAAGAAGCUGCCGAAAGGUUGGAGAAAGAAAUAGAACUGCAGAAGGUGUCAGUUAGAAAAGAUGAUAUUGAACUAAUUGUGAAAGAGAUGGAGAUAUCCAGAACCAUAGCAGAAAGGACACUCCGUGAACACAGAGGUGAUGUGGUGGCGGCUCUAACUACACUUACUAACUAA